AUGUUUUUCUCACUCUCUUCAAUACGAAAGCCUAAACAGGAAUUCAAUUUAUUACAUUUGGAAACUCAAGAAUACUACUUUCUAUCCCUCAAAGUCUCUCUUCACAAUAACAAUGAAAUUCGUGGCAAAUUGCACAUCUGUUCCCGUUCCCUAGUAUUCCAGCCAAACCAACCAAAAUUACCCAUGAUCAAGAUGAAAUACUCAAAUAAUCUCAUACUGAAGAUUUUGCGUAACAUCGACACAAAAACCAUGAAUCAAAUCAUGUCGAUCAAAUGGACUCCCUCCUUACUGAUGGAAGACAUCGACUCACUAGAUAUUAAUUAAUUGUAUCAGCAUUUCAAGAGAGACAAAAACAAUGAAUUAUUGGAUCGACUCUACAAAGUUCAAUCCAGAACUGCCAAUUCACAAUAUACUAUCAUGUUUCUUAGAGUAGAUAAACUGUUUGUUAUUAAUAGAAAUCCAAUCAGUCCCUACAUUACUGAAACUUGCGAUGAGAAUAUUGUGUUUUCCAUUUCAUAAUCAAAUUCAAAAUAAAAUAUUGUCAGAUUUCUCAAGCUUUAUCAAGGACUCACCCAAGCAGAAGAUGAAAACUCAUUUAUAAGCACAAUCAUCAACACAACACUAAAUGAAGCAAUGAAUGAACACAGAGCCUACUCCUCUUAGUAAGGACUCAAAAUUGAACUCGCUGUUAAGUGUAAAUUGAUUAAGCCUGAAGGCAACAUCUUUGGAUUGUUUUCUAUUUAGAGAGAUGAAGGAAUUAAAUACAUUCCAUUAAUCAAUUCUCCAAAAGGGAAGAUAUUGAUGUGGCAAUUGACUGAUAUUAAAUUCUUCUUGAAAUAUCGUUACAUGUUUAAAUAAAUUGGUUUAGAAAUCUGGUUCUUCAAUAAAAAAAGAAGUGUUUUACUUGUUUUUGAAGACCCACAACAAUUAGACACUGUCUAUAAAUAUUUAAUCAGAAAAACUACCAAAAAUUAAAUCAGCUCCAUUACAGUUGAAAAACUAACAGAACUUUGGGUUGAUGGCGGUUUAAGCAACUUUGACUAUUUGAUGUCCUUAAACACUUUUUCCAGUAGAAGCUUCUGCGAUCUAUCCGCAUAUCCCGUAUUUCCUUGGAUCAUUGCAGAAUAUACAGACAAAAACUUUGAUUUAACAUCUCCAGAAUUCUUCAGGGAUUUGUCUCGUCCUGUUGGAGCACUAAACAAACAUAGAUUACAAAAAUAUAAACAAUCCUAUUAAGAAUAAUUGAAAAGUCAAAAGAAUAACAAUAAUAAUGACAUGAUACCAUACAUAUAUCCUACUCAUUAUUCCAGUCCAGGAACUGUCGUGUAUUAUUUAAUUAGAAAAAUACCUGAAUUUGUUAUUAAACUAUAAAACGGUGUAUUUGGACCAACUGACCGUAUCUUCAGAGGUAUUGAUAGCACCUGGUAUACAACAUUAAAUUUACACGCCGACUCUAAAGAAUUGAUUCCAGAAUUCUAUUCACUUGAUCCAGAUUUCUUGAUCAAUUGUGAUAAAUUGGAAUUGGGAAUGACUUAGGAAGGAGAGAUUAUUGAUGAUGCCAUCAUACCACCUUGGGCUAAUUCAAUGACUGAUUUCUUAUUGAAAAUGAGGAUGGCAUUAGAGAGUGAUUACGUAAGUUCUUAGUUGCCAAAGUGGAUAGAUCUAAUAUUUGGUUGCAAAACCAGAGGAGAAGAGGCUGUCAAGUAAGAUAAUUUAUUCUAUCCUUAUACUUAUGCUGAAAAUGUGAACUGGAAUUAAUGCAGAACCUCUAUAGAAAAACAAGCUUUGGAAACAUAGGUAGCAGAAUUUGGAUAGGUUCCAAUAUAGUUAUUUAAUUCAAGUCAUCCAAACAGAAAACUCAAAAUACACCCUUCAUUGAAAUAAAAAUAAUAGUUAAAUUCAUCAAGUUAAAGAAAUCUAUAAUUAACAGACAUUCAAUAGGAAUCCUAGAAUAAGGAUUAUGUUACAUGUUUGUAGAAUUAGGUAUCAUCUUUAUAAUGGGAAAAUGAGAAACUGAAAUUUAAUUUAGAUACAAUUAAACAGGAGUUCUAAUUAUAAAAAAUAGAGACAUUCAAUUCAUAAUACGAUUAAGAAGAAAUAGAUAAAAAAGGAUAAGAUUUGAUGAGCGAUGAUAGUUUAUAUCAACAAAUCAAGAUGUGA